CUAUUUCUUUCAUUCUCAGUUUCGAUUCCCCGCCAAGAAUUCCCUUCAAAAUUUCUCACAAAACCCACAGAAGGCAUCAUAUUCCAAUCCAAUCCAAUCCAAGCUCUUCCUCUCCAUUCCUCAAUCACAGUAACGGAAAUGGAUUCCAAACUCCAUGGCUUGCCUCCUCACAAAAGAUUCAGACUCAUCCACCAACAACAAAAACUGAGAAGUGAUCAAUUGAUUAUGGCUGCUCCGUUGCGUCUUCCGGCCAAAAAGCGCAAGGAGACUCGUGACCCACCUCAUCUUCUUCCCAAUUCUUCUGCCGGUGCCGGAGACUCCGCUUAUUUCUUGCCGGCUAAGAAAAGGGUGUGGGCACUUCCGCCUGAUCUAUUACUCGAGAAGCGGGUUUCGAGUUUCGACCUUAAUGCCGAGUACAACCCAGCCUUCGAGGAGGAGGACCUCGUUGUCAAACAUGAAGAAAAUCGUGAUUUUAAAAAUGUCCCGUUGUUGAGGGAAGGCGAAGUCGUGGGAGGGAUGGGGGAAGCCGAAAAUGGAGGAGGCUCUAAGAUUACAGAGAAGAAAGAAGGUGAAAUCGAGGGCUAUUGCCUGGAAGAAGACGAUGGGAUUGUUUGUGCUGUUUGCCAGAGCACAGAUGGUGAUCCAUCCGAUCCCAUUGUUCUAUGUGAUGGCUGUGAUCUAAUGGUUCACGCUUCUUGCUAUGGGGAUCCUCUCGUGAAGGGUAUUCCCGAUGGAGAUUGGUUCUGUGCUCAAUGCUCGGCGUCGAAAGGAUCUCAAAACGACGUGUCGUUUUCUUGCUGUUUGUGUCCGACAAAGGGAGGGGCUAUGAAGCCGAUGAGCGGCGGCAAGUGGGCGCACGUUGUUUGCGCUCUCUUUGUUCCUGAAGUUUUCUUUCAUGAUCCGGAAGGACGAGAGGGGAUUGAUUGUUCGAAGGUCCCAAAAAGCAGGUGGGAACAGAGAUGUUACCUCUGCAAACAGACUAAUGGGUGUGCUAUCACCUGCUCUGAGCCCAAAUGUCCUUUGAGUUUUCAUGUGACCUGUGGAUUGAAUGAAGAUCUUUGUUUAGAGUACAGAGAAGAGACGAAGAAGAAGGGUGCCAUUGUUGCUGGGUUCUGCAAAUCCCACACCGAUUUGUGGAAAAAGCAACAACAAACGGGAAAGUACAAGAUUGUAGCAAGGGAAGAAUAGAAGAUGUAUUGGAUCAGCUAGUUAGGUUUUUUUUAGUUGUGAGCUCUGUUUUUGGAUCUGAAAAAAGUUGUAACCUUUACUUUAUUUGAUUGAUUUUGAUUUUGAACAUAAGAAGCUCAUGGAUCAAAUCAAAUAGCAAGUUGGGUCCAUUUCAGCUGAUUAAAUCAUUAAACACUUAGCUGUAGUGUUGUUAGAACUUAGAAGUCAAAAUGGGGGCUCAGCAGUCAACAUGAAGGGUCGACAAUCUCGUACUGCCAAAGAUAGCUAGUUGUGUAGCUUUUAUUUUGGAAGAUAACUGAUGUGUCUCAAUGAUUUUUUGUUAUAAACUUUUCUUUAUAUCUUUUUGGCA